GCGUUCAAGGACAAAGAGCUGAUGAACCUUUUUAUCACAUCUUCCAGGACGGACAAAUUUAAGGCUGUUAUUUUUUUAUAAUUAAAGGAAAGAAGAAGGAACAACAGAAAGAAUAACUUUAAAAUACCACAAAACAAAUGUCUGGCCAGAGGAAGAGACGGAAAUCUGCAGCAAAGACCAGAUCACCUGGAGAUCACACAGUUUGUUCCCAGAAGAAUGGAGAUGAGCCCCCAGGCCCCAGCGGCGUCUCUGUUAAAAGCAACAGGUCAAAGGGUCCGCCAGUUAACUUUAGAAAAGCCAAAUCAAAAUGUCAGAAAUUCAGCGAGGAGCUAAGCAGCUGCUCAGUGUGUCAACAGGUUCUGAAGGAUUUGGUUUAUUUUAUUUGCGGACAUCCAUCAUGUAAGGAUUGUUUGGGUUUGAGCCUGACUGACUUACCGACARACUCAUCCUGCACACAGUGUGGAGAGACAUUAAUGGAAAACACACUCAAAGACAGAGGUAACAGUGUCUUUCUGGAAGCAAAGAUGAAUCUUAAAAAAGCAAUGAAGAGUAAAUUCACUUUGACGUCUGAAGGUAAUGGUGAUCAUCACACCUUCCUCAAAAGAAUCUACACAACCCUGUUCAUCACCACUGGAGAUAAUGAUGGACUAAACAAAGAACAUGAGUUCAGACAGCUUAAAAAUGCUCAUCCAGACCAACCGCUGAGUGACUCUACAGUCAACUUGAGUGAGCUCUUCCAAUCGAUGCCUGACCAGAAGAAACCCAGCAGGACAGUCCUGACAAAGGGAGUCGCAGGCAUUGGAAAAUCCUUUGCUGUUCAGAAGUUUAUCCUUGAUUGGGCUGAAGAGGAAACAAACCAACAGAUUGAUUUUGUUUUCAGUCUUCCUUUCCGAGAGUUGAAUUUGAUUGUAGGAGAGAAAAGCUUCCAUGAGCUGCUGACUGAGUUUUAUCCAUUUCUCCGACCUCUGAAAGAUUCCCAAGAUUACUCCAAAACAAAGAUCAUAGUGAUCCUGGAUGGCUUGGAUGAAAACAGACAUCAGUUGGACUUUCAGGAAUCAGUCAAAGUAACUUCGGUUGAGGAUAAAGCUUCUGUAGGUGAUCUUGUUGUAAACCUGAUCCAGGGUCACCUCCUUCCUGAUUCUAACGUCUGGAUAACGUCCCGACCAGCAGCAGCCAGUGAGAUCCCUGCAGAGCACAUCGACAUGGUGACAGAGAUCAGAGGGUUCACUGAAGCUCAGAAAGUGGAAUAUUUCAGAAAGAGAUUUGUUGAUGAUUCGAGUCUCACUGCCAGGAUAACGUCACAUAUCCAGUCUUCACAAUCCCUGGACAUCAUGUGCCAGAUCCCAGUCUUCUGUUGGAUUUCUGCUGUCUUAUUCCAGGAAGUCUUCAGCAGAAAUGAAGAGACAGAAAUCCCACAGACUCUUACAGAGUUAAUGGCACAUUUUGUCUUUGCUCAGACAAAACGUAGAAGCAAGAAGUACGACAGGAACCCUGAGAAAAACAGAGAGAAGCUCCUGAAGACUCACAGAGAAUUUCUUCUGAAACUUGGGAAACUCGCGUUUGUCCAGCUUCAAGAAAACCAACUCAUCUUCUACGAGAAAGACCUGGAAGACUGUGGCAUUGAUGUAGGAGAAGCAACAAUCUAYUCUGGUUUAUGUAACACUGUUCUCCAGGAAGAGGAGRUCUCCUCCCAGAAAAAGGUCUUCUUCUUUGUGCAUCUGACUCUUCAAGAGUUCUUUGCAGCUCUGCAUGUCUAUGAAUGCAUGAAAACCAAGAAAACCAAUGAACUUGGCAAGUUCCUCUCUGUGGAAGAUGAAGACAUUCCUUUACUUGAUCUUCUAAAAAUGGCAGUCGACAAAGUGCUGGAGAAGAAGAACGGUUACUUAGACUUUUUCUUGCGAUUCCUGCUUGGCCUGAUGGUUGAACCCAACCAGAGAUUCCUCCAGGGUCUGUUGACUCCCCUUGACAAAUGGGACGACACAGACAAGAAAAUCUUAACUUACCUGAGAUCAAUUAGAAGAAAAACCAUCUCUCCAGACAGCUGCAUCACCAUCUUCCAGACCAUGACUGAAAUGAGAGAUCACAAAGUCAAAGAUGAGAUUCAGGAAUUUCUCAAACUGUCUGAUCAUUCAAAAAUGGAGCUUGCUCCUUUGCACUGCUCUGCUUUGGCCUACAUGCUGCAGGCCUCCAAGAAUGAUCUGGAUUUACUGGAUCUGAAGACCUACAACACAUCAGAUGAUGGCAGAAGGAGGUUAAUACCAGCUGUUAGGAGCAGCAAAAGAGCUGUGCUUGMRAAUUGCAAAGUUACRAAGGGUUGGAUGGAGCCUCUGGCCAUUGCCCUCAAAUUUUCUUACUCAGCUCUGAGGGAUCUCGACCUGAGCAACAAUGACCUGAAGGAUUCAGGAGUCAAGGUGCUUUGUGGAGGACUCUUGAGAAACUCCUGCAAACUGGAAAUACUAAGGAUGUCUGGUUGUUGGGUCACAGAGACAGGUUGUGAUGAUCUGUUCUCGGCUCUUCAGUCCAACCCGUCACAUCUGAUGGAGCUGGACCUGAGUUACAACCAUCCAGGAGACUCUGGAGGCAAGAAACUCUCCAAGCUGAGGGAUGAUCCACAAUACAAGCUCAGAAAGCUCAACCUCGACUAUGGAGGGACUCACAGAUUGAAGCCUGGCUUUAGGAAAUAUGCCUGUGAACUCACUUUCAGUCCUGAUGCAGAACAGGAGCAGCUGGUUCUGUCUGAAGGAAACAGAAAGGUGACCUGGAUGGAGAAUGAAACCUCAGGACACCACCAGCAGGUUCUCUGCAGUCAGGGCCUGACAGGGCGCCACUACUGGGAGGUGGAGGUCUCCGGGUCUUUGAGCAUUGGGGUGGCACAUGAGGCGGCCCUAAGGAAAGACAAAACGGGURAUUUCAAAAUGGGUCACAAUAAGGAUUCUUGGUGUUUGGUUUGUUCUGAUGGUUUUCAUGUUUUGCACCACAACGACAGUGUAGAUGUGUCUUCCCUUGGAAGGCGCACCAGUCGGUUGGGGGUGUACCUUGACUGGCCUGCUGGUACCCUGUCCUUCUACAGAGUUUCCUCUGACAGUUUGAUCCAUCUUCAUACUUACACUGUGACUUUUAGUGAGCCUCUGUAUCCUGCAGUUGAACUUAAUGCCCAAUCAUCGGCUCGGUUUUGUAUUUUGUAACUUUAUUGGGUCCUUCUCACAUGUAUGCAGUGCUGUGAAAAGUAAUGUCUCCCUAUGGAUUAAUUUGUUCUAGUUAUUUUUGUCGCACUUAAUGCCCCAACAUGCAUUAUCCAUGCAUGUUCAGGUGAACUUAACUCCACAGAAGUUGGCGCAUUUGACCAAAUAGGUGUUUAUCUUUUCAAAGGUUCCUUCAUGAAGGAAAAAUCUGUAUCAGCUCAUUCAUUUUCUACUUUGACUGCUGUCAAAGUAGAAAAAACAAACAUAUUAUUUCCACUGUGUUUGUUUAUUUUCUGUAUAAAAUACAUUGAAGAGUAAAUCUGAUUUGUAUAACAGUUGCUGUUAUUUCAUUGUAAAAAUUAUUCUGUAUUUCCACUUUUAAAACUGAUUUUUGGGCAGGUCAUGCUGAUUUUUAGGUGUGGCUGAGAUUCUUUUUGGGGAUUUUUGGUGGUACCACUCUUUUUUCUCAUUUUUUGGGGGGAGGUUUUGACGCUUGGGAUUUUUCGUUUUGGAUUGGGACUUAAUGGAUUAAAAUGGAGAAAUUCUCCCAAGAUAUGGAACUCUUUGGUGGACAAUAUUUGUAUUAAAAAGGAUCGAGAAUAUUUGAACCAUUUGAGUUUCUUUACUGACAUGGACUUUUGAAUUUUUGGUUAC